GUUAAUGACGUCAUGACGGCUAUGGUCUCUAAUGGCUGAAUAACAACAACUGUCGGCGAGUGACAAACUUUCACAAACUUCUACUGAGACGAAAGAAAGUUGGAAAUAGAAAAUUGUUUCGACAGUAUACGAGUUUAGGCGCGUUUGUCUGUCUUUCUUGUAAUUACAAAUGUGGAAUUACUGAUGGAUUCGAGAUAUGACAUAUCACGGAGGGCCGCCGGUGGUGGCGGUGGCUCAACGAACUCUUCCCCCGCUCUUGGGGCUCAGUCGCGCCGCAGGAAGAUGCCUCCUAGACCCGCUGAUUUUAAACUUCAAAUUAUCAUUAUUGGCUCCCGUGGUGUUGGUAAAACGAGCAUUAUGGAGAGAUUUACGGACGACACUUUCUGCGAAGCUUGCAAGUCGACUGUAGGAGUUGACUUCAAAAUCAAGACAGUGGAGCUGAGAGGGAAGAAGAUCAGACUACAGAUAUGGGACACUGCUGGCCAGGAGAGGUUUAACAGCAUCACGUCCGCUUACUACAGAGGCGCCAAGGGAAUAGUGCUUGUGUACGAUAUCACAAAGCAGGAGACCUUUGACGACCUGCCCAAAUGGAUGAAAAUGAUAGACAAGUAUGCCUCAGAGGAAGCAGAGCUUCUCCUGGUCGGGAACAAGCUGGAUUGUGAAACUGAUCGUAUCAUCUCCAGACAGCAGGGAGAGAGGUUUUCCUCUCGAAUAAGUGGAAUGCGCUUCUGCGAAGCUAGUGCCAAGGAUAAUUUCAAUGUCGACGAGAUCUUCCUGAAGCUUGUGGAUGACAUCCUUAGCAAGAUGCCUCUGGAAGUUCCUAACACAGAGUUUUCCAACAGUGUCCUGUCUCUGCAGCCUGAACCGGAAGUGCCUCCGGAGUUGCCGCCUCGCAUGCGCUGUUGCUGA